CAUGAUUCAUUUUUGACUCAGCAGCCACUUCAGUCAUUCAUUCUUCACACACUUGGAAUGGUCCGCAACGACUACGACGACUACUUUGAGGACCGCUUUGCGCCACCCGCGUCGACGUCCGCGCUCGAUGACUUUGAGGACGACGAGCUUGUCAAUCCUGAUGUCGAAGACGACAGCGGACUUGUCAAUGCCACUCGAACCUAUCCAAAUGCUCCAAGGCAGCGCGACUACAGCCAGCUCAGCAUUUGGAGAAACCCAAGACUUCGCAAGCACUGGCGCACGGUAGCAGCUGCACUGUUUCUCGUGUUUGCUGGAUUUGUUCUGUUGAUUCUUGGCCUUGUGGCCGAGGUUUCCGGAUCGCUCGGCGCCGACGGGUACAUUUUCUUCAUUAUUGGUGGUGUCUGCCUGCUUCCAGGAGCUUUCCAAUGCUAUCGUCUGUACAAUGCAGCGCUCGGCCGUAAAGGGUUUAACUUUGCCACAAUGCCAACGCUUGAGCGGUAGAUUUGGCUGCUCAAUGCUGUUUGUUGAUACUUUUGCAUACUCCCUUUCCCCCUCCGGUGUGGAUAACAUUUUUGCAUGUCGAUUUCGAUAUUAAUUGCAUCUGAUUGAAUGAAUUAAACGCUUUUCUUUUC